UGCAUAACUCUACAUAUAAUUAUAUAUACAAUGAGUAAACAACAACAUCAAGAGGAGAGACAACAACAGAAGGAGUUGUCGGCAAUGUCGCCAGAGGAGAGGACUCAAUACUCAUUGAUGCGUGCACCAGACUAUCAUGGUGCAGAUAACAAUGUGUUGGCAAACAAUAGAGCUAAAUGUUGGGAUGCCCGCGACCAAUACUUUGCCUGUCUCGACGCCAACAAUGAGAAUGAACAGACUUGUAAGCAGUUAUACGAUGCGUUCGCAGGAUCAUGUAUGAGUAGUUGGAAAGAGUACUUCAUAAAGAAGAGAUUCGUUGAUAAACAAAAGGCACAGAUGUUGAGCAGCAGCUCACAA